AUGUCCUUGGAGUCCAGUGGGAUGUAUCUUUCUCCAGAUGAGAGUUAUAACGAAACUAUGGAACUCGCUCUAUUGCAUGGUGGCAUAGGCAUAUAUACCGGCAUCUUUUUCGUCACGCUGUGGAAUAUAUCAAAUCUCAGUCCAUCAGACCAGCCUCGAUGUGCACUUAAUCGUUCUAUACCCUUUGCAGAAACGUUUGAUUUUCUUCGCUGGGGUGCACAGAUUGAAAGGCUCAGUGUAGGAAUUGGUGCUACCGUCGUUAUAAGCACUGUAAUUGCAGACUGCGCCAUGAUUUGGCGUUGCUGGAUGGUUUGGGGACGACGUUGGCUCGUCGUUCCAUUUCCGAUCCUUUGUCUUGCUUCUGGACUGAGUUUCAAAAUCUUUGAUAUCACCGGAGAUUCCCCCUCCUGGGAUCCAUUCGACAAUCCCGUAGUGAUUUACAUAUCCUGCAUUAUUGCUACGACUCUAUGGUGCACCGUUCUCAUUGUUCUUCGGACCCUAAUCGUGAUACGGGCACAAAGAAGAGAGGGUGGUGGGCUUGGAGAGUAUCGCCAUGUCAUUGAAGUCUUCAUUGAGUCCUCGGCUCUCUACACUCUGACUUUGAUCAUAUACAUCAUCUUGAAAGCGAUUUAUAACUGGACGAGCGGUUACUUUGACAUUCUUGCUGAAAUCACAACAGGAAUUGCUCCAACUCUUCUCGCCGGACGUGUAGCAGCAGGUCAUGCUCGUCGAGAUGAUACCUGGCAGGGCAGUAUCGUAUCGUCGCUCCGCUUCGAAGCACACCCGCAGGCCGGCUCUCAGACAACCUCCCAGGAGAGUUCCAUGGCAGACGAUAUUCUCAACAACGACCUAGAGGCUCAAACAGAACAAAUAUACGAGCUCGAGGAGAGCGGCACUGAAAAGAGGAUUGAUGGGCUAAUAAAGCGGUGA